UAGACAGCACUAGUCAGGUCGUCGGCCAGGGACCUACUUCCAUUUUUUUUCCUGCAACUUGGCUUUUGAGUAGAAGGGCCAAAGCAGUGGAAAAGUAGGAUGGGGGCUGGAGCGAGCGCCGAGGAGAAACGCUCCAGAGAGCUGGAAAAGAAGCUGAAGGAAGAUGCUGACAAGGAUGCAAGAACAGUCAAGCUGCUGCUGCUAGGUGCUGGAGAAUCAGGCAAAAGCACGAUCGUCAAACAAAUGAAAAUUAUCCACAAAGAUGGUUACUCACUUGAAGAAUGCUUAGAGUUCAUUGUCAUUAUCUACAGCAACACCCUGCAGUCCAUCAUGGCUAUCGUGAAGGCGAUGAGCACACUGAACAUUAACUACGGACAUGCUGAUCAGGAGGACGAUGCCAGGAAACUCAUGCACCUUGCAGACACCAUUGAAGAAGGCACAAUGCCUAAAGAAUUGUCAGACAUCAUUUUGCGUCUGUGGAAAGACACUGGCAUUCAGGCGUGCUUUGACAGGGCCUCUGAGUACCAACUCAAUGACUCAGCUGGAUACUACCUGAAUGAUCUGGAGCGAUUGAUCCAGCCUGGCUAUGUACCCACUGAGCAGGAUGUGCUGCGAUCAAGAGUGAAGACCACUGGUAUCAUCGAGACCCAGUUUUCCUUCAAAGAUCUCAACUUCAGAAUGUUUGAUGUGGGUGGCCAGAGGUCUGAGAGGAAGAAGUGGAUUCAUUGUUUCGAAGGUGUCACCUGUAUUAUCUUCAUUGCUGCUUUGAGCGCCUAUGACAUGGUGCUGGUGGAGGACGACGAAGUGAACCGAAUGCACGAGAGUCUGCACUUGUUCAACAGCAUCUGCAACCACCGUUACUUUGCCACCACCUCCAUCGUACUCUUCCUCAACAAGAAAGACGUGUUCCUGGAGAAGAUCAAGAAAGCUCACCUCAGCAUGUGCUUCCCAGAAUACGACGGCCCCAAUACUUAUGAGGAUGCCGGCAACUAUAUCAAAGUGCAGUUCUUGGACCUCAACUUGCGUCGAGAUAUCAAAGAAAUCUACUCUCACAUGACCUGUGCCACAGACACAGAGAACGUCAAGUUUGUGUUUGACGCCGUAACCGACAUUAUCAUCAAAGAAAACCUCAAAGACUGUGGCCUCUUCUAAGAGCCACGAUAUGAAACCCAGUAAGAAAUGCUGCUGCUGUAGCCUGAUUAUCCAGGACCAAAGAUGUGGACCCUCAAACUGCUCUCCUCAGUUAUAUGCCAUGCAAAAGUUUGGAAACUCUUGGGGUUUUGCAUGUUUUAAUUUCUUAUUCAGUUGAGAUUUUACGUAUUUCUCAUCCUGAGGUGUCUAAAUGGUACCCGUACAUAUGUAUUCCAUUAUUUUGACUUUGACAUUUUUAUUUCAUUUAUAUCAUGUUGAAGAAUGCGUUUUACUUUUUGAGUGCAAGGGCAUAAUUUUAGAAAUUUAAUAUAGAGAAGUUUACUUCACUUUAAAAAAAAAAAAAUGGUGUCAUAAGAAAUUAAAUCUAUAAAAUCUCAAGUGUUCUCAGACUUCUGCAUACCAACACGCAAGUCAUCAGUGUGCUGUAUUUCCAACUACAACGUAGCUUUGACGAAAGAUUUUUUUUGUCAAGUGAGGUAAAUCAUGUACAGAUUUCAAGUUGAGUCCAAUUGUAGUUUUUUAAUUUUCUUUUAACUUACAAGGGCUAUGCAAUUUGUUUUUAAGAUGUCAGUGCUGUCAGCAAAAGUGAUUUUGUCUCAUCAUCACUGCGGA